AUGAAGAAAGCUCAUCUUCUUCUCACCUUCACUCUCUUCUCCAUCUGGAAACUCUGCCCAGCCUCCGAACAACCCUCCCCAGUGCUCGACAUCAGGGGCAAUGUGGUCCGAGCAGGGGUUGACUACUACAUUUUACCGGUCAUACGUGGAAUGGGUGGCGGGCUCACGGUGGGGUCCACCGGAAACCGGACUUGCCCGUUUAACGUCGUCCAAGAACAGCUGGAAGUGGACGAUGGCCUCCCGUUGACUUUCCACCCGGUCGACCCCAAGAGAGGCGUGGUCCGCGUGUCGACAGACCACAACAUCGAGUUUUCUGGUGGGCUCAAGGGAAAUCCGGGACGUGAAACUGUUAGCAACUGGUUCAAGAUCGAGGAAUACGAGGGUGAUUACAAGCUCGUUUUUUGCCCGACGGUGUGUAAUUACUGCAAAGUUGUCUGCAAAGAUGUUGGGGUUUUUGUGGAGGAUGGGCAAAGAGUUUUAGCUUUGACAGAUAAUGCUCCCUUCAGGGUUAUGUUCAAGAAAGCUUGA